AUGGUGUCGCCCAAGGGCCGCGAGAGGGCCGCCGUGACGAUUUCCACCCAUCGAGAUGCGCACAAUCCACCGGUGGAGCUUCCCUCCUCCAGCGCCAGCAACUUCUUUGAAGAAGCCCAAGCAGGAGCGGCCGAGGAGGCGGAGCUGCGACGGAAGUUCCAGAAGUUCGCGUCGAAGAGCUCGGCAGAGCUGAGCGAGCCGGACGUCUUGACCUUCGAGGACUUCACGCGGUUGUUGGAGCACUAUGACACCACAUCCCUGGCUUCCUUAGUGCCAUACUUCUAUGCCAUCGAUCGCAAUCGCGAUGGCAAGCUGGACUUCCAAGAGUUCUUCUUGGGAUCGGUGGCGGCGGAUCCUCAGACGGUGCAUAUCUUGAACUCCUUCACGGGCCGCGAACGCGCCAACUUCACCUUCGACUAUUACGACGUGAAUCGCAGUGGCUUUUUGGAGCUGGAGGAGUUUCAAAAGGUCUGUCGCGACUGUGCGUUGCCGUCCUUGGAUGAGCAUGCUUUGAGAAGACACACCUUCGAGAAAGCAAGGGAUCUUGGCUUGAUGGAAGAAUCUCAGAGGCGAGGACGAGUUCUGGAUGAUGAAAGUUCUUUCAUACCACCCAACCAGAAGCAGUUCUAUGAGUUCAUUUCCACUGAGCGUCUGCGUGGCACCUCUCGCUUGUUUCGCUUUCAAAAGACCUUGAUCAAGCAGCGGAGUCGCCCCAAGCGAGCUGUCCUGGCUCCAGAGCCCGUUGAUGGCACUGAGCUGCCGCCGGCUGAAGGGGAUACGGAAGAUGCGACCACAGAAGAGCCCAGUGAUUACGAGGAUGUUGAUGGCCUAUUCUUCGACAACGAAGAGAGUCCACGCAUUGCAUCACAGGACGCACGAACCAUGCCUUACACAGAUCUUCUGCCAGUGGCGCCACCAUGCGAGCUGCAUUUGGACACGGAGAAGGGCUUGGACGACGCUUUCCAGAUUGCUGCUGAAGUUCUGAAAGGCCUUAGCCAUUCCAAUUUCGAAGGCCUCAUCCCGCCAGCAGAUGGUAGCUUCACCCUGGCCACGGCCGAUGACAUCUGUGCCCUUUGUAAUGCAGCAGCCAUUCUGAUGAAAGAUGAGGACAUGGUCUUGACCCACUUGCAGCCACCCUUGAAGGUCUUCGGUCAGAAUGCUGAAGAAGGUUUGGCAGCCAUUUUGGCUGAAGCUGAACGGCGACUUCAGGAGAAGAAGCAUGCGUGGCUUCAAGAGCGUAGAGUGAUUGAGGAGAGAGGUGAGCACCGACGGUUAAUCGGCGAUGCCUUGGAGGAAGCCCCGGCCGAUCUGAAGAAGCUCAUCGCACCGAUGUUUCACAUCCGCUUCGUCGAAGACUACUUGUGGAUGAUCUACGACGAGUGUGCCAAGCAGAAAAAGAGCUUCCAUGACAAGCUGCGCGACGCUGGGACAAUGGAUCAGCUUUUGCGCAUGCGAGAGAACUAUCAGACGGGUGGGGAGGAACGCAUGGAAAUGCUUGAAAAGGAGUGGCAUGCCCAGUGCAAAGCCAUGUCAGAUGCUGAAGAGAAGAAGAAGGAACAACUUCCUCAGAACAUCGACAUCCAUACUCUCAAGCACGUCCUCGAAUAUGCUCAGGAGUGCAGACGAGAAGGAAACUUGAAGUUUCAAGAGGGUCUUUAUGAAGAGGCUCUGCACAUCUACAGCCAGGCAGAUGAUGUGAUGAAGAAAUGGAAGGUUGACAAGCAGCUGAAGAACGAAGCAAAGUGGCUGAAAGACUAUCAUUUGCUGUGCUUGAAGAACAAGGCUCAAGCAGCAUUGAAGCUUGAACUUUUUCAGACGGCCCUAGAUGCUUCCGAGUCCGCCCUUGCCAUCGACGCAGAAGACCACAAAGCUUGGUACAGGAAGGUGCAAGCGGAGAAGGGACUUGGGAAGUUCAGGGAAGCAGAAGAGUCGCUCGCGAAACUGGAAGAUGUUGCACAAUGGUGCCCUGAUCGACGACGGAUUCUGCAGGAUUGUGAAGCCGAGAGGAAAAGGAUCAAGAUCGCACGGGUGAAACACAAGCAAUCCACACAGGACAUGCUUGGAAGAGCCUUUGAGGCUGGCGUCUUCAGCCUUGAUCGUGACCGCGAGCUGGAAGAGGCAGCCAAAAAGCUUGAAGAUCCAGUUCCACAGUCUGCAGUGACGGAUCAGAGAAGGUCACUCGAGGCGCGGCCUCUUGAGAGGAAGAUCCAUCUGACUGCUGCUUUGGCUGGUGAUCUUAUGGAUGAGCUUGCUACAGCUUAUGGUCAGAAGUGGUUUCAGGAGCGAGUACGAAAGUGUGCUCGAGACUCUGGCUACGAACGCUCGGUCUUCUUAAUGCGCUUAAAGGAUGUGGCUUUUGAGGUUCAGAAACCGGUGCUGGAGAAAUGGGGCUUUGAGGGGAAUGAGCAUGGCGUUCGAGAAAUGACCGCCGCCAUUCGGGAGCACGCGGGGAAGAAUGGCAAGGACAUGCCAGAAUGGCUCAAAGAGAAGCAAGACAGGUGUCUUGAGCUGCUGUAUGGUGGAAAAGAAGGCGGCAUGCUUGACAUCCUGAGAUGA